AUGCCAUUGAAAGGCCCAUAUUGGGCCCUCGUCCGGGGCGGCAUCUGGGGUGUUCUCUUGCCGUCUGGACUCACCAUCGCCUCUGCCAUCUUCAUCAAAGAUCAUGUCUUCGAAGGCACCUGGAUCACCGGCUCCUCGAUGGCUCCCACUCUUUCACCCAACUUCAAGACCUCAAAAGCCCAAGACUUUGUCCUCUGGAAGCAAUGGCAGCCAACGUGCAACCUUCAGCGCAGCGAUGUAGUCCUGUUUAACGCACCUCAUAACCCAGAUAGAACCGCGGUCAAGAGAAUCGUCGCGCUGGGCGGAGACACGGUCAUAUUGGAUCCGAAGAGACGUCCCGAUGGCGUGUUGAAUGGGAGAGCCAACCCGGCGGCGAAGAGUUGGGACCUGCGUAGGGGAAAGGUGCAGGUUCCAGAGGGACAUCUCUGGGUCGAAGGCGACAAUAUCGAGAAGACGCUUGAUAGCAAUACAUAUGGGCCUAUCAGCGAGAGUCUGAUACUUGGCAAGGCGUUGGCAGUAAUCUGGCCUCCCAAUCAAUUCGCGCAGAAGCCUUGGGAGGGCUACAAGAGUGCGACGAAGGUCGUCAAGGGAUCAUUUGAGAGGAGGGUGUUGGAGGAAAGGGACCAGGAUAGCCAGGCACAGGCUGUGUGGAAGCCAGACGGCUGA